AAGCCACAGCACACACUCUGUGUUCGCAACUGGUGGCGCGCGCGCAGCCUCGCACGUGAACUGGGUCGUCCAAGCACGCGCUCGACUGAGACAGGGCUAAGUGAGUGUACGUGAGGAAGAUGAUUUUCGACAAAGUGAGGAAGCUGGACGUUGUGUUCGACUCGCCCGAAGCGGACUCGGCGCCCGUGUUCAGCAGCGGGGACGUGGUGUCCGGGAAGGUGCUGCUCGAGCUGUCCGCCGAGUGCCGGCUGCAGUCGCUGAAGCUGCACGCCGAGGGCUUCGCCAAGGUGCACUGGACGGAGUCGCGCAGCGCGGGCUCGAGUACGGCGUACACGCAGAACUACAGCGACGAGGUGGAAUACCUGAACCACAGAGAAGCGCUGCUGCAGGCAGAUAAUGGGGGCAUAACGGUGCUCCAAGCAGGCAAACAUGAAUACCCUUUCAGUUUCCAGCUGCCUGAAGAGACACUGGUGACCUCCUUUGAAGGCAAAUAUGGUAGCAUUCGUUACUGGGUGAAGGUGAAGCUCCACCGACCUUGGGCCCCGGUGAAGAAGAUCAAGAAGGAGUUUACAGUCAUUGAGCCCAUUGACAUCAACACGCCAGCCUUGCUGGCUUCCCAGGCUGGAACCAAAGACAAGAUGGCACGUGUGUGGUACCGCAACUCCGGUCAAGUGUCGGUGACAGCCAAAAUUGACCGCAAAGGCUAUACUCCAGGCGAGGUGAUCCCAGUCUUUGCGGAGUUUGACAACGCCACCUCCCGCUCCGUUGUACCCAAGGCCUACGUCACACAGACCCAGACCUUCAUAGCCAGGGGAACAAUGAAGCAGAAGCGCUCGGUGGUGGCCACGCUAAGUGGCGACGUGGUUGGAGCUCGUUGCAGAGAGACCUGGCAUGGCCGUGCCAUCAAAAUCCCUCCUGUUGGACCUUCAAUCAUCCAGUGCCGCAUCAUUAAAGUGGAUUAUGCUCUGAGGGUGUGUGUGAAUGUUCCUGGUACCUCCAAGCUCUGCCUGGAGUUGCCCCUUGUCAUGGGUACCAUUCCCCUCCACCCCUUUGGCAGUCGCACCUCCAGUGUCAGCAGCCAGUACGGCAUGAACUUAGAGUGGCUCCGCAUGACCAUCCCCGAGCAGCCUGAGCCUCCUCCGGAUUACAGUACCGUUGUUUCCGGUGAUGUGGUGGAGCAGGACGCGAGGCCUCUUCCAGCUGAGGAGGACUUCGCUGGGAUGCUGGGCCGCCCCUUUUCUGCCUACAUUCAGGAGUUUCGCUUGCGACCACCUCCGGUUUACAGUGAGGUGGAUCCGAAUCCUCAGCCAUCUAUGAGACCUCGCUGCAUGACUUGUUGAACAAGAUGGCCCACCUGAGCGGCAUGUGAUUAUCUGUCAGAAAUUGAGCAGAGACAUGUUUUCUCGUGGAUGUGUUUCCAAGACUGGAGCCAAUGCCCGAGAAAGUCCUCUGGUAUGGAUAGGACCGGAGCUCUACAGAGAGAGGGGGAGAGCAAGGCCUAUGCCAGGGAGGUCCUCUUAAGGGCCAGAAAAGAGCGUGACACUUGUGACGUUCCACUGGCUUUGUUGUCCCCAGGACACAGCUCUGAUUAUAGUCCACCAAGCUGGUAUUUGUUCUAACCUGGAAACUGCAGACAAGUUUUGAGUCUGACUUGUUUGAGGGAUGAUGAGGAAGACCACUCUAUGUGCUGGGGGGCAGGGCAGAUGACAAGUUAGAGCUGGUUUUACGGGGUCAAUGUUGCCUACAGAUAGAGCUGUCGGUGUGCUUUGCCAGCCAUAAAAUGGGAGUUGCGGCUUGUCCAGAAUGACAAAAUGCACAAUCUGUAAAGCCUCUUCAGUCUUGGUGUACAACCUCUGAAAUUUCAACCUACCCUUUUACAUGAAAUAAGUGUAUGAAUACUUCCUUCCUUGGUAUGGACAUUACAGGUUAAUGGGAAAAGAAAUGUUAAGACUAGCAGCAUAUGUUGGUUCUAUGACUAGAGUUUGUGAAAGGGAGUUGAAAGCUGGUGAUAUGGUUGCAUUAAUUAGUGGUAAUGCACAAGUGAAGUGGGAGAUAUUGUUCUAGUGUAAAUGGUUUCAAAGCACUGACUGGAGGUGCUGGAAGAGAAAGAAUGUCAUUGGCAGAUGGUGAUUGCAAAAUCAGUUAAUAUGAUGUCUGAUCUGAAUAUUGUAAAAACAAGGUAAUGGUUCAAAAGGUGGACUACAAAUGUAGGUGUGUGUUUAAAAGCUCUAAUGCAGUAUGUAUGCAGAAAAUGUAACACAACUGUCAGCAAAGAACAGUGGAUAAAAUCAGCUUGUACCAAAGAUGCUAAUUUGUUUACUCUUUUUAUUGCAUCUCUAGAGAGUAAGGCGGAUAGUUUUGUUUCAAGCAAGUGAAUUUUAUUUAAACAAAGCAAGAAUAUCUAAGCCAUGUGGUUAGUACAUUUGAUUCAAUCCAGAUGUUUUGAUAUUUAAGGGAAUUGGUAAACAAUACAGAAGUGUUGCUCAAUGGUACACAAAGCUUUAAUGUGAAGGUACUACUUUGAACAGUGCUGGCAAAGAACAUUCCAAAAACAAGAAGUUUCUUUUCCCACCCAGAUGAGACUUCUAGUCAUAAACAUUCACAUUUAUUAUGAUGUGCAUGGUGGUUGUCAAAAAUGCAUUUUAUAUAUGAUUGUUAAAAGCUGAAGUUUUUUGUAAUUCUUUUUAAUAAAACAUUACAAAAUA